AUGAAGUACAGAACAUUGUCCCCUAUACAGAAGAAUCAGAUUGUGGGGAUGAGGAAGGCUGGGAUGAAGUGUAAGGACAUUGCAGAAGUCUUCACUGCUCCCUAUUCCACCAUUUCAACUAUCUUGAGUCAUUGGAAGGUCCAUGGAAGUAUGGAGUCGUUGAAAUCACAAUGUGGCAGACCCAGGAAGUUGUCUGAGCGGGAUUUUCGAGUGUUAUGUCGUGUUGUCAGUUCAAAUAGAAGGCAUACUCUGGUAGAACUUGCAAACUUGGUGAGAGUUUCCCGAACUACUGUUCGACUCUACCUCCGUGAGCUUGGUUUUAGAAAUUGUAUAGCACCUAAAAAGCCCUAUUUGAAUGUCAAAUAUAAAGCAGAUAGGCUUGCAUUUGCACGUGCUUAUGAGAGUUGGACGUUUGAAGAUUGGUGUAAUAUUAUUUGGAUGGAUGAGUCGUCAUUCGAAACUGGCAAAAAUCCACGGCAAAUUAGAGUGUGGCGGAAGGCGUACGAAAAAUAUAAUUGGGAUUAUAUAGCACCAAGUUUUAAGUCUGGGCGUAGUUCAGUGAUGGUUUGGGGUGACUUUACUGGCUUUGAUAAGUCUCCAUUGGUCACCAUUCCUUCAAAUAAGAGAUCAUCAAGUGAUUUUGUCACUAUUGUUUAUGAAGGAGUAUUAAUUGGCUUUUAUUUCUUACAUGAUGACCCUGAGCAAUUGAUAUUGAUGGAGGAUGGUGCUCCAGUCCACCGUAACUCAUUGCCAGUGCAAUGGAGACGUGCUUAUGGAUGCAAGCGGUGA